AUCUGUCCUUAUGAUUUGUGAUUUUACGUUUAUUAAGAACGUGGCUAUUUUCGCUCUUAGAAUUUCCAUAUCUAUAUUUAAACUACCUGAAAUUCAUUUGGACCAGCGUUGAAUAGCAAAUAUGUCAUUUGCCUUUCCAAUCAUAGCUCGUGGCAUCGCAUCCACAGCGAUGGCAUCAGCCCCAAUUAAACAUGUAACCGUUGUAGGUGGAGGCCUUAUGGGAUCCGGUAUCGCCCAGGUGGCUGCCCAGACUAAUCAUGACGUAGUGUUGGUCGAUAUUAAUGAAAAGAUACUUGAAAAAUCCAAACAAGCGAUUGAAAAAAAUUUGUCUAGAGUCGCUAAAAAGCAGUUUAAGGACGACACUUCAAAAUCAUCAGAGUUUCUGAAAAAUGCAAUGGGCCAUUUGAAAUUUUCCACUGACCUUAGCAACGAGAUCAAAAAUACGGAUCUCGUGGUUGAAGCCAUAGUCGAAAAUAUAAGCGCCAAACAUAAACUAUUCUCAGCGAUUGAUGAACUCGCUCCACCGCACACCAUUUUUUCAUCCAACACCUCCUCUCUGCCCAUUGCGGAGAUUGCAUCGGUCACAAAAAGGAAAGACAGAUUUGGAGGCAUCCACUUCUUCAAUCCUGUACCGGUCAUGAAACUUCUUGAGGUAAUCAGAACUGAUGAUACAUCUGAGGAGACGUAUCAGGCAUUGAUGUCAUGGGGGAAGGCAGUCGGUAAAGUAACUGUCACAUGCAAAGACACCCCGGGUUUUGUUGUAAACAGACUUCUUGUUCCACAACUGGCAGAAGCAAUCCGAAUGAUGGAAAGGGGUGAUGCUACUUUCCAAGACAUAGACACGGCGAUGAAACUUGGAGCGGGUCACCCGAUGGGGCCGUUUGAAUUGGCUGACUAUGUCGGCCUGGACACUACCAAUUCCAUUAUUGAAGGAUGGCAUAAUAAAUAUCCAGAUGUAGAGCUCUUCAAACCUGUUAAGACACUACAGAAAAUGGUAAAAGAAGGAAAGCUUGGGAUAAAGUCCGGAGAGGGAUUUUAUAACUACAAUAAAUAAACUAGGUUUUUAAUUUAUCUAUAGACAUGUAAAUUAAAAGAUAAUAUAUUUUUAUAGACUU